GCGGUCUUUCACUUCUCUUUACAGAGCGUGGUGUUAUGGGCGUUGUUGGUCCAGGCGGCCAUGGUGGUGGGCGACCCUGUACCUCCCCCACGCCCUGCAGAGACCAGCCUCACCACCACUGACGACCAUCACAAUACAGUCAACAACCAUCCCCUUGCGCCCGUCAACCACCACCAGCAGCCUAAUGACGACAACCACAACUUCCAACCUCAAGUCAACCAAGAUGAGGCGGCGACUGACGGAGGAGUCUUGUCGAGCAUCUUCCCCGAGGGUUUUAAGAGGGCUCCACCACUCUCCCGUCCGGAGUCCAACGUCCUAGCACCAUCCCACGACGAGGGUCUAUUCUCCUCCUCCAAGGCCGUGGUUAAGCGCUCCACCGACGGCUCCGAUGCCUACAUGACCGCCAUCGGAUACGACCCUAUGUCAGCGUGGGCCAAGAAGAACUAUGAUCCAGGUUUCGGGUCAUACAUGCAGUCUAUUGGAUACGACCCUUCGAUGGCCUGGGGCAAAAGGGAAGCCAAAAGGAACGGAUAUGAAUCGUACAUGCAGAGUAUCGGCUACGACCCCAUGAUGGCCUGGUCAAAGAGAGACGAUACCUACGAUCCCUACCUCCAGAGCCUGGGAUACGACCCUAUGGUGGCCUUUGCAAAGAAAACAGUUAAGCGAAGUAGCGAGGCUGCAGCAGAUUACUACCAGAAGGACCUACCCAACGGCGUGCCCAGGAAGAGGGACGAGUAUGUCGAUGCUUAUUACCCCCAGCACUUCUUCAGCGAGGGCGGCAUGAAGAAACACGACCCCUACCUAGACGUAUACAUCCCCCAGCACUUCAUGCACAGUUACAAGAGGUCCAUCAAUCCUUACCUCCUCUCCUUGGCCUCCAACGACUGGAAGAGGGCACCGAACGACAUGGGCGCCCAGGGUUUCCAUGAGGGAAUUUUCACCCACAACUUCGGAGAUUUCUCACCUGUUAAGCGCAACAAGAGAGAGGCACAACCCUCCGAGACGGAAACUCCGGACAAGAGGCGCCCUGAUAUGACCUCCAGCGGCUUCCAUGGCGACACCUUCUCCGGAGGCUUUGGUGACUUCUCUACCAUGAAGAAGAGGAGGCUGGGUAUGGGCGCCAGUGGCUUCCAUGGCGACACCUUCAACCAAGGUUUCGGCGAUUUUUCCACCAUGAAGAAGCGUCGCCUGGGGAUGGGUGCCAGCGGCUUCCACGGAGACACCUUCAGUCAAGGGUUCGGAGACUUCUCCACCAUGAAGAAGAGGAGGCUGGGUAUGGGCGCCAGUGGCUUCCAUGGAGAUACUUUUAGUCAGGGCUUUGGAGACUUCUCUACCAUGAAGAAGCGUCGCCUGGGGAUGGGCGCCAGUGGCUUCCACGGAGACACCUUCAGUCAAGGGUUCGGAGACUUCUCCACCAUGAAGAAGAGGAGGCUGGGUAUGGGCGCCAGUGGCUUCCAUGGAGACACCUUCAGCCAAGGCUUCGGAGACUUCUCCACCAUGAAGAAGAGGAGGCUGGGUAUGGGCGCCAGUGGCUUCCAUGGAGACACCUUCAGCCAAGGCUUCGGCGAUUUUUCCACCAUGAAGAAGCGUCGCCUGGGGAUGGGUGCCAGUGGCUUCCACGGAGACACCUUCAGCCAAGGGUUCGGAGACUUCUCCACCAUGAAGAAGAGGCCAGAGAUGGACUCGAGUGGUUUCUAUGGUGACACAUUCUCAGGAGGAUUUGGUGACUUUAACACAAUGAAGAAGAAGGAUGAAGAGGAGAAGGCAGAAACACCAGGAGAAGUGGAAAAGGAGAUAACGAGAAGAAAGCGUCAAGUAGGAGACGACAUGGAAGCUGAUAAACGUCGCCCCGAGAUGGACUCCAGCGGGUUCUACGGCGAUACCUUCAAUGGCGGCUUUGGUGACUUCUAUACCAUGAGGAAGCGCGUGGGGGAGCAGGAAAUGAGGAUGCUGCAACAGUUACAGCAGGAAGAGGAGGAGAAUCGUGCCAAGAGGAACCUGGAGGAUAGCGACUUACUGGUAGAAAUGAAACCUCCCAUUGAGAGAGACCUCGACGACAGGAGACGACGCAGCGUACAGGAAGGCGAGGACGACGAGGACUCAUACCUGGAUGAGGAGGAGGACGACAACCGACCACUGUACAAGAGGUCCGUAGACUGGGACGCCUCGAAUGACCUGUUCACCGGAGGUCUGGGCGACUUCGAGACCAUGAAGAGACGGCGAUGAGGCCCAUUCCUCCCUGGUGUUGACCCCUUCCUCGCCCUCUACACACCUUCUUCUAGGGUGCCUCCUAUAUAUAACCCAGUCUGGCCAACUCUAUAAUAUUUCGGCUUAAACAUUGAUGCCGUUGAUAACAUUCAGGCCUUUAUGUUUCCCUUUAUGUUCAAUGGCUUUCUAAUAAUCAACAUCUCGACUUGGUGAGAUUUUUACGAGUUACUCCUGAACAACUGAAAGAAACACCAAAUUGAAAAUGAAAACCAGGGGAGAGAUGUUCGUGUAAAUCUAACAUCCUAUUAUUCUCUGUGUAAUUGUAUUUCGUGUUUAUACUAGUUUCUUCUGUUCGGAUACAAAUUGAAAAAAAAAUGAAUAUAUAUAUAUAUAUAUAUAUAUAUAUAUAUAUAUAUAUAUAUAUAUAUAUAUAUAUAUAUAUAUAUAUAUAUAUAUAUAUAUAUAUAUAUAUAUAUAAAAUUGCUUCACCAUUACAUAGAUUGACAUUACCGUAUUUUAUAUCCCAAGAACCUCUGUGUCAGCAGCUGGGAGAUUGUCGAUGGUUUUUCCUGUACGAUUGAGAAGAAAAAAUGAUCAAGAAAAUAUCGUUUUAGCUGUUUUAAAUGUUCCUAUAAAUUUAAAAUCACGAGAAUUUUUUUAUGUUUUUUAUGAAAGAAAACUUUUAGAAAAUCUAGCUUGGGAUCCCCCCCUCCCAUUCUCCAUGCAAACAUCGUAUUUUAUCUUGCUUAACACCAUGAAUUUUGUUACUUACCUCAUCGAGAAUGAAAAAAAAAGGAGAAACGAAGGAAAAUGUUUAUAUGUUACACACUACAACUUCUAGUAAAUAAUCUGGGGUGUUCACGGAUUAAUCCUGAGAUAACGAGAGGUAACAGAUAGAAAAUGGACCAAGAAGCCCUAACUGUCUCUACUCAUGCAAACAAUUUAGUAUUUACACAAGUUAUCCCUUAAAAUAUAAAAGAAACUCGAAGAGGCAAAGUUACCAAAGAAAAUGUUUAUAAAAUUACACGAAUAGAACCGCUAGACUUUAUUUAUCUUUAUAGAUGACAUGAUCCUACCCGAGACUGACCCAAAUAGAUUAGUUAUGGUUAAGUUAGUUUAGGUUGGAUCGUAUCGCCUGAAAACAAAAACAUAAAUAAAUAAUCGAAAGUAAGUGGUUUAGUGAUUUUAUUCAUUACGUAUUUUUAGUAUUGGAUAUGUUGCUGGUGAAGUAAGGAGAAUUGUGCAUUAUUGUUUUGACGUUUUAUCAGUUUUUAUGAUUUAUAAACAACUUAGCUCUGCAUUAGUUACUCAGGAUCAGAUGAAAAUAAAAACAAGUGACAAAUAAUGAAGGGGGCAUCUUCCUAUAACAAUUCUUAUACCCCGUUGAACAUUAGAUAACAAUUAAGAAAACGAUAGCUAUUAGAUUAGCGAAUCCAGAUUUUUUUUUAACUAAAUGAAUACAUGUGAGCGUUAUAUCUACAAAGGCGUGUAGUGUCCUGUGACUCGUGACAACAGAUGGUUCUGACUACAAUAGGUAUGAGAAUUCCUCUCCUUUUUCCUCUAAAUUCCCUCCAAAUCUUACUAUCCGUUCUGUAUCUGGUGUUGUGACUAUCUAUAAUGUUUAUUCAUCUCUCUGUCGUAGGUUCUCUCUUAGAUCGCACUCACUGUAACGUCAUAAUAAACAACACCUACUUGCCGAGGCUGGGAACCGUUACAAGACUUUCUUCACCCCUCUUUUCCCCUUGUUGAUAAUCAAAUUCUUAUAUAUUUUGUCAGCGCCAGUGUUGCUGUAUCCCAAUCAUGGGUUUAUAAAGAAACUCGUCAACAACCCACUUAGGAACACUCAAAAUGAGGUUCCUUCGCCAAUAAUCCGAUGUCGAGCGCUCGGAGUGUGGUUCCAUCGUCAAGUACCCACAUUCAAAGACCCAAACGAGGUUCGGUGUAUUCAUGACAUGUACUGUAAAGGUUAUGCACUAAGUGAAGUAUUCCUGUGUAUUGAUUGAUACUUAUCCGUUGGCCAUUGUAGUCUGUAAAGAAGAAACUGCUUCAUGAUACACAACACAAAUAAAGGUUAUUAUUAUACGUUAUCGACAGAGCAUCGGUCAGAUAUGGCAUACCUGAAUUUCUUGGUGUAUUGAGUAUACUCUAAGCUGUUGUUACUGUAUGAUGACUUUUCAAGACUGAUGUUCUUAUUUAUCAUUGUGCUCCCUACUGUUACCAUCACCACUUUCUGUGUACAACCACAAGUUAAAAAUGAAACUAUAUGUACACUUCCUAACCUAUUUAAAUAUGUACAAUUAAAGUACACUUGAUAUAACCACUUACAAUAAGUACACUAUAUAACCACAUAAAAGAUGUACAGUAAGAGUAUUUAAACGAGUACAACUCUUGAAGUUGUGAAAAGUAUGUACGCUUUUACAACCAUUGAAAGAAAGCUGUUAAUUUAAAUAGGUAUAGAUGUUACCGUAUCAAGAGUGAACUUGACAACACAACGCCUCCAACUGAUCAGGCAUCAGUAGAAGAGAAACACUGCACAAUGUACACAAGAUCCUUCAUCACUGAGCCUGGUCACUUGUACAUUCUCACAGCCAAACAACUCCUAAGAUAUAAGUCAGAAUUUCAUUUAACUGAAAUUAUGUACUUAAGUUAUAUUCAUAAAGUAACGAGAUGUGUGUGAUCGCAAUGUACCGUAAUCUGAACGUAGCGUGAUCUUAGUACCUUGAUCUCACCAUACUGAGAGACCAAGUCAGCUCUCUGUUAUACCCAUAGUACAGUAUAACCUUAUUGUGUACGGAUAAGAUGGUUUCAGUAUGUUACGUACAAAUAUAUAAUUACAUAUUAGAGUUACUUAUAAUAUAUGUCAAAUUUUACUGAAGACAGAUGAUUAUAUAUUUUAUCUUUUUCAUUUAUUUUUUUGGAUGAUCUAUAUAUAUUGAAUCUCAUUGCUGUUAUGUUUGUAUCAAAACAAUAAAAGAAAUAUAUUUGAUCAAUUCUGCUAUUUCUAUCUGUGCCAUGAUAGAAAAAGAGUUAUUUUGAAUAUUACAUAGAGAGCAGCAGGGUGUGUAGUGGUGUAUUUGAGACUUCCUACAAUAAAUUCCUCAAGAGAUA